AUGUCUUUUACACGAAUGUUGGCUCCUGCGCGCAUUCGGCUGGCUAAUGCUACAAAUACCGUGCCUCGAAUUAUUUCAUCUUCAUCUCGGCUUUACUCUAAUUCAAAGAGCUCAUUCAACCCACAAGACAUCCACAAUGUCUCCCAUAGCCCGGAGCACAUCCAGACAAAGCUUCCAGAAACGAAGCUUCUGAAAAACCACCACCGAUUUAGCGAGUUUGAUCUUGAAGGCCGGGUGUACGCCAUCACUGGCGGCGGCGGAGGUCUGGGACUAUCAAUGGCGGAGGCAUUGAUCGAGGCCGGGGCGAAAGGUAUAUCCAAGACAUUCUGUCCAUGCUCGAAGCGAACAUAUACUGACACAAGACCGAAUCUAGUAUACUGUUUGGACCGUCUUGAAACUCCACACCCAGACUUCUCGGUUGCCAAAGAGAAAGCCGAGAACGAAUAUGGUGGUAGUCUGGAAUACAUUCGCAUCGACGUCCGCAACGUCACCGAGGUCAACAAUGUCUUUUCAGCAAUUGCCGCGCAGCAUGAACGACUGGAUGGCCUGAUCGCCGCGGCCGGAAUCAAUCAUCUCCAGAGUGCUCUCGAGCACUCCCAGCAAGCAUUGGAUGAUGUGAUGACCAUCAACUUCAAUGGGGUAUUCAAUUCGGCAACCGCUGCCGCCCGCCAGAUGUUCAACUAUCAGCAGAAGGGCUCGAUUCUGUUGGUGGCUAGUAUGAGCGGUCUCAUUGCAAACAAGGGUAUGACCUCGCCAGUCUAUAACUCGUCAAAAGCGGCUGUGAUCCAGCUUGGUCGCUCACUUGCCAUGGAAUGGGGCCGUCAUGGAAUCCGUGUCAACAGCUUGUGCCCCGGUCACAUCAUCACCCCCAUGGUCGACAAGGUGUUCCAGCAGAACCCUGCUGCUCGAGCCACCUGGGAGGCUGAGAAUAUGCUUGGUCGCCUGGCCUUGCCUGAAGAGUUUCGUGGAACAGCGCUAUUUUGUCUUUCUGAUGCUAGCAGUUUCAUGACUGGGAGCACGCUGCUCAUUGAUGGUGGUCACACUGCCUGGUGA